CUCGGCCGUCGGCCGCGCUCGUUGGUUCGCGUCCGCACUACUUGAUCGUGUCGGAGCGAUACGCGGCGGUGAGAGGGUGCGUCUCUUUAAACGGUCGUCAGAGUCGAGCGUUACCGUCUUGGUGGUGAUUACUGCGCGAUUACUCCGAGACGAUGGUGGCGAAACAGAGGAUUCGCGUGGCGAACGAAGCUUACAGCAAGAACAUCACGCAGCGCGGACAUGUCGCCAAGAGCUCCAAAGCCCAGGAGGAGAGGCUGCCCGUGAGCCCUGCCCUGAUUGCACUCUUCGUGUUCGUGGUUUGCGGCUCAGCUGUCUUCCAAAUCAUCCAGAGCGUGAGGAGUGGAUAUUGAGGCAGUGCUUGUGAAGUUACUCCCCCAUCACCACCAACUUCUGCUGCCACGAUGUGGGAACGCAUCACCAUCGCCUCGCCACCCCACUCCCAGCCUCUCGCCCAACACCCAAGCCAGUCUUUAAAACGCAUGCUUUUAAGUGUUCAUGUAAAAUGUUUACAACACAAAUGUGCCUUCAAUGGAAAGUGAUUUACUAUUUAUUCAAAACUGACAAAUAAAAGCCUAUAUUUCCUCGCUAAA